CUACCGCUGCCACUCACUCCCGAUAGUCAAAUUCCGCCUUAUCUCUCUCUUUACACUUCCACAAUGAAAAAUCUCAGACGAAGAAUCAAACCGCUGUUUGCUAUCUUAGCCGUUUUGGCACUCCUCUUGCUCACACUUUCUUCACUGAACCCUCUUCUAGAGAGCCCAAAAACCUCAGAAACCCCACACAUACACCUCCACAAACACCUCCAAGUUGCUCACUCAGCAUGCGAAGGAACACUCUACCCAGAACUAUGCGUCUCAACUCUCUCUACAUUCCCAGAUCUAGCCCAAAAAACAAUCCCCCAAAUCAUCUCCGCCGCCGUGAACUACACCGUCGGCGAAGUCAGAUCUUCAGCAGCCAACGUCACCGGCAUUCGCAAAAAGCGCCCCAAGCUUGAUCUACUUGACAAGCGGGCCCUCAAUGACUGUCUUGAGCUCUUCGACGACACCGUUGCUGAGCUCAGAAAAGUAAUCUCCGAUCUCUCGGCCAACAAAUCUGCUUCAAAACACUACAAUGACCUACAAACACUUCUCAGUGGCGCAAUUACAAACCAGUACACCUGUCUUGAUGGGUUCGCAUUCAGUAAACAAAAUGUUCGUGAUUACAUACAAGACAGGCUGUAUAAAAUCUCUCGUCAUGUAAGCAAUUCUCUAGCCAUGCUCAAGAAAAUCAAAACUCCGUCGUCUUCAAAAACUGAGGUGUUCCCGGAGUAUGGUACCAUGAAAGAUGGGUUUCCGGCAUGGAUUUCGAAGAAAGACCGACGAUUGUUACAGGCGCCAGUGAAUCAGACCACGUAUAAUUUGGUGGUGGCGAAGGACGGUAGUGGGAACUUUAGGACUAUCGGCGAGGCAUUGGCGGCGUCACCUAAUUCGAGUACGACCAGGUUUGUGAUAUAUAUUAAAACUGGAGCGUAUUACGAGUAUAUUGAAGUGGAGAGAAGGAAGACCAAUUUGAUGUUCGUCGGAGAUGGGAUUGGGAAGACGUUGAUAAAGGGUAACCGUAGUUUUGGUGGUAACUGGACUACUUUCCGGUCUGCUACCGUCGCUGUGGUGGGAAAUGGAUUCAUAGCCAGAGGCAUAACCUUCGAAAAUUACGCUGGGCCUAGCAACCACCAAGCCGUGGCGCUAAGGAGUGGCGCGGACCUCUCAGCAUUCUAUCAAUGCAGCUUCGUCGCCUACCAAGACACUCUCUACGUCCAUUCCCUUCGACAGUUUUACCGUGACUGCGACGUAUACGGAACAAUCGACUUCAUCUUCGGCAAUGCCGCUGUUGUUUUGCAGAAUUGCAAUUUAUAUGCUCGCAGGCCAAAUGAAAACCAAAGAAAUAUUUUCACGGCACAAGGAAGAGAAGACCCAAACGAAAACACUGGCAUUUCAAUUCUGAAUUGCAAAGUUGCUGCAGCUGCCGAUUUAAUUCCGGUGCAAUCAUCGUUCAGAACCUAUCUUGGCCGACCAUGGAGGCAAUACUCGAGGACGGUUUAUAUUCUGUCAAACAUUGGUGAUCUGGUGGACCCGGCAGGAUGGUUGGAAUGGGAUGGCGAUUUCGCGUUGAGUACUCUUUACUAUGGGGAAUAUAAGAAUCGAGGGCCGGGUUCAAACACGAGUGCUAGAGUGACUUGGCCCGGUUAUAGGGUCAUCAACAGCUCAACUGAGGCAAGCCAGUUUACAGUUGCCAAUCUUAUUCAGGGAGGAGAGUGGUUACCAGCCACUGGUAUUGCAUUUUAUCCCAACUUAACUUCAUCCUCAAGUGUUACAUGAACCAGUGGAUUGUAUUUUUAUGGGAUAAAUUAAAGCCCCACUUGUGGAGGAGAAAUUCUAACCUAAUUUCGUAUACAUGCAAGUCAAGAGUAGGUAACUGGUGUGAAUUGUCAUUUUUUGUUUGAAUCAAAACUUGGUUUUGAGAAGAUUUAGAGAAACAGUCAAGUAGUCCAUUUGAUCGAGUUUUAUACGUGGUCUCUCCACCAUUUGGUCGUGUGUGAGAAACUACUCAAUCCAAUGAGAAUACCACAC